UCAGAACUGUUGCACCUGCCUUAUUGGGAUCCCACAUGCUUCAUAGUUGUCAAGGCAAUGCACCACUUCUUCCUCAGAGAUCUCCAACACCUCUGUCAUAAAGUGUUUUGUAUGAAUGCUGAUACACAAUCUGCUGGCAAAACUCAUGUCAAACCCCACACUCCUAAGGAACAAUGGCAAGAACUCAAGGCCAGAAUUAAAGCCAUCAAGAAGCACUCCUUGACAGCACUA